GGGUUUCGGUCGGCUGGGCCGGAGCGGCAGGCGCGUGCGGCCGCCGUUGGGCGGCGCUGAGUCUUGUUUUGAUUGGUAUAAACAUCGCUAAGGCACAUGCAGCGAAGCAUGUUUAGCUUGCAAACACCGUGCUAGGGGGAAGAAGGCAGCACGAAUGCAGAAGGCAUAGCCCCUCUGACAGAGUCCGCAGGGUGCUGAUCUGCGCUGCCAGGAGCCAGGCAGAGGCGGCAGAGCCUGCAGCGGCGGCAGGGCUGCCAGGGCCUGGUUCUGUGGGCCGGGCCUCUCGAGCUGUGUGUUCGGGUUGUCGACUCUGCUGUGUGAACGUCAUACUCCAAUAAAGAGCUUUAAAGAUACAGAAAAGGUUGUAUAGGUGCAUUUGUGUCUCUAAUUGGAGAGUCUUGCGCUUCCAGUAGAAAGUGAAUGACUUUCUCCGUCCUCCUCCUGAAUGAACUACUUGGUGCCCAGGAGGAGGUGGGGGCAGAUGACCUGAACUGUUGUGCGUGUCUGCAGGGAGCGGAGUCUGCCUGGAAGGCCGAGCACUGAGGCCGCUGCAGGAGGGGCCGGGCUGGACCUGCACAUGUCCCUUUCUUGUCCCUCAGCACCUGAGUGACGGGCCGCUGCCUCCAUCCCCGGGAAGCCCAGGGUACUAGGCGAUGGCAGCUUUGCAUCUGUCUGCCCUGCCCCAGGCUGAAGUGACCUUCGAGGACGUGGCUGUGCUCCUCUCCAGGGAGGAGUGGGGCCGUUUGGGCCCUGUUCAGAAGGGCCUCUACAGGGAUGUGAUGCUGGAAACCUACAGGAACCUGGUCUCGCUGGGAGCUGGACCUGCAGGCCCCAAGCCGGAGGUGAUUACACAGUUGGAGCGAGGGGAUGAGCCGUGGGUCCCGGACGUGCGGGGGAGAGAGCGACCGACCAUCGAUGGCUCAGCUCAUGGGACCAGGACUGAGAACCAGGAGUUGACUUCAGGCAAGAUGCUCUAUGGGGAAGAACUGGACCGACUCAGGGGGAGUGUUCCCCGGGGACCUGAGCCGGGAGAAGCCUGUGAGCAUGUCAGGGAGCCAGAGGGGAGCAUGGACGGGCCUGUGGAGCAGAGAGGCCCCAGGCCAGUCACACUGGCCAACAAGGAGAGUGGCCUGGAGUCUGGGGGAAACCUCAGGUUGGGGUCAAGCCCUCUCCCUGAUCAGAGACCUCACAAAUGCGAUAUAUGUGAGCAGAGUUUUGAACAGAGAUCAUAUCUUAAUAACCAUAAGCGUGUACACAGGUCCAAAAAAACAAAUAUAGUGUGUGAUUUAGGGAAAGUUUUCACUGCAAAUUUAGUUGUUAAAGAAGAUCACAAAAUUCCUAUUGGAAAAAAAUUGCAUUAUUGUGGUUGCUGUGGGAAAGCCUUCAGGUACAGUGCUAACCUUGCCAAGCACCAGCGGCUGCACAGUGAAGAGAAGCCCUACAAGUGCGACGAGUGUGGGAAAGCCUUCCACCAGAGCUGCGAACUCAUCAAUCACCGCAGGAUGCACUCCGGGGAGAUCCCCUACCGCUGCGAUGAGUGCGGGAAGACGUUCAAUCAGAGGCCCAACCUCAUGAAGCAUCAGAGGAUCCACACUGGGGAGAAGCCCUACAAGUGUAGCGAGUGUGGGAAGCACUUCAGUGCCUACUCGUCCCUCAUUUAUCACCAGAGGAUCCACACUGGAGAGAAGCCCUACAAGUGCAACGACUGUGGGAAGGCCUUCAGUGAUGGCUCAAUCCUCAUCCGACAUCGUCGGACUCACACUGGAGAGAAGCCAUACGAGUGCAAAGAAUGUGGCAAAGGCUUUACCCAGAGUUCUAACCUUAUUCAACAUCAAAGAAUUCACACUGGAGAAAAACCCUAUAAAUGUAAUGAAUGUGAGAAAGCCUUCAUCCAAAAAACCAAGCUUGUUGAACAUCAGAGAAGCCACACCGGAGAAAAGCCCUAUGAAUGUAAUGACUGUGGCAAAGUCUUCAGCCAGAGCACCCACCUCAUCCAGCAUCAGAGGAUCCACACGGGAGAGAAACCCUACAAGUGCAGUGAGUGUGGGAAGGCCUUCCACAACAGUUCCAGACUCAUCCACCAUCAGAGGUCACACCACGGAGAGAAGCCGUACAAAUGCACUGAUUGCAAGAAAGCCUUCAGCCAGGGCACGUACCUCCUGCAGCACCGGAGGAUCCACACCGGGGAGAAGCCGUACACGUGUGGCGAGUGUGGCAAGGCCUUCCGGCACAGCUCCAACAUGUCCCAGCAUCAGAGGAUUCACCUCCGGGAAGACUUUUCCCCGUGACAGGUGGAGGCCCCUGAGGUCUGCUGUGCACUUCCUGCAUGUGACCCACCCAGCCCUUUACUUGCUGUCCACAUAGUGUUGCCACAGGUGAAAGGGCAUUUCUGUCUAAUUAAAAAAAGUCUUAAAACAGAAGCAGUGCAUGUUCACUUUAGAGAAAUCGAGUGAGAAACGUAAGCAAACAGGAGAAACUCUUGUAGCCUCCCCUUAGACAAAGAGAACUCACCAUCACUGCGCCCGGUGUAGGUUUCGUCCAGACACACCGAACAGCAUCCUCAAGAGAAGUACUGUGGUGCUUUCUGUGCAGCUCAUUUCCUCAAUCCUGGAAAACUCACACUGGAUAGAAUUCUAUGUGUUUACAUUGUUUUACACGUUGUAAAUUUUAAAAAAUUAGCAUAUGGUUCAUACUUUUCUGUAUCACUUAAUAGAAUUAACAAUUGCCUUUUUUAUUGUGGUAAAAUAUAUACAACGUUACAUGUACCAUUUAAACCAUUUUUGACUGUACAAUUCAGUGGCAUUAGAUACAUUCACAAUAUUGUAUAACCAUCAGCAAAUCUGUUUCCAAACUCUUCUAUCUGUAACAGAAACUCUGCACCCAUUAAACAGUAACUCUCCACUCUCCCCCUUUCCAUUUUUCUGUCUUAGAGAACUUGCCUAUUCUAAUUACGUCAUAUAAGUGAGGUCAUACAACAUUUGCCCUUUAUGUCCUGGCUUCUUUCACUUAGCAUAAUGUCCUCAAGGUUCAUCCGUGUUGUAGCAGGUGUCAGGACAACAUGCUUUCUUUACAGCUGAAUAAUAACUGCACUGUUCGUAGAUACCAUGUUUUGUUUACCCAUCAUUUGUUGAUAGAUUACUUGGGUGUUUCUGCCUGUUGAUUAUUGUGCAUAAUGCU